UUUGAGCGUUAAGAGAAACGGCAUAACUAGACGAGACAGUUGAGAGGCAGCGUCCGCGUAGCCCGGUUGGCCACAGAGAACUGAGGCAGCAUUACCGCCGUGCGAGAGGAAGUGUAGUUCAAAACUGACAAAGAAACAACAUUCAUUACUCAAACGCACCAAGAUAACUAUCUUAAAAUGACUUAGAAUUAUGUACAGUUUUAAAAAUUCAUCUCAUCUCUAGAGCAACGACCAGAUGGUUGUUGUGCCAUGUUGAGUGCCCAGUGCGGAUGGCUGCUCAGUUGUCUAGUCAUCACACUGCUCCAGCAGAGGGCGCAAGCGACAACAACCACUUCCUCCACUACAACAACCUCAUCCACGACACAUGAUCAUCGCCAAACACAUCACCAGAACCAUCCGCAAAGACAGCAACAAACCAUGGAUAACCACACAACGGAAAGUGACUCCGAUAAGGAAACAGGUGUGACGUGCUACACGUGUGUGAACGUAUCGGACAAUUUGGUGUGCAAUCGCUUUGCAAUUGAUCGGCCAUGCCCACAAGGUGAGGACUUCUGCCACACGUUGCAUAUCAUGGACUCCCGGGGAGAGAGUGUGGUGGUCAACAAGAAGUGUGCAGACCGGUCAGAGUGUUCGCCGCAGCGCGUCGGCUGCCUCAGCAUCGACACACAGACGGUUUGCGUGUCAUGCUGUGACGAGAUGUACUGUAACAUAUCUGUACCCAGCAACCAAAGCACGGCUGUGUAUUCUGACACGAGAACAAAAGCCAGACGUCGUUCACAACAGCAUGACAAUAUCCACAACAGCACCAACACUGCAAGUCGACUCUGGCCUGCGCCAUCUUCGUCACAAACACCUACUCACUUAGUCAUUGUUGUUCUGACGAUGUCCGCGACACUAGUGCGAAUAUAGCUCACUUCUACGCAACUUCUCUAAGUUUCGAAUACUGCUGUUGCUGCCGUCUACGAGCUUGAGUGUUCUGUGUAGUGUGCUUACAAAGACAUCAAACAAACCACUGUUAACGCCAAUAAAGUAUGGCGUAGAGAAUGUAAAGAUAAGAAACGUACAGUCACAGAAGAGAACACUUGGCUUUACAUUCAAUGAUAUUUUCGAGGGUGCCCCAAACACAUUGUCAAGUCUCUGAGUUAAAAGUAAGUAAAUCGUUUACCUCAGUUUUAAAUUAAGAAGAAUUGGGGAUUGAUAUUAAAUCAAUCACGACUCUAAACAUAGUCCAUUUCAUUUCUACAUAAGUCUGUCUCUCAUUUGGAAAUAUCAACUGGUCAAUACAAUCUUGAUCGUUGUGAGACAUCUAUUCCCCAUUCUACUAACUGCUAUUUUAAUGGCUGUGAAAUAUCUGAUGAUGAAAAUCGAAAACAAAAAUUCAUUACGAGGCGACAGAUGUCGUGUACCUAGAUAGAUAGAUUAAUCUAAUUGUGAGGGAUUUAAUUUACAUUAUUUUUAAAUUAAAUUUAUAAACGAAUUUCAAGUAGUCAGAAUUAAGGUUGCAGUUGCAGUGGAUCAGUCGAAUCAGGUGCGAUACACUUUCAUUAUAAUAACGACGUGUUCUCCAAAUAUAGUUAGAACGCACAAACCGAAGUGUCCUGAAUCAAGACGUUGAAGUGAGCUCGGCACGAAGCAGCAGCGGCGGAUAUAAAUACAGUGAAAAUCAAGAUGGAAGCACUCAAUUUAAAAAUAGUACUGGAUUGUUAACUAAGAUGGAAGUACCUGAGGAUUUUGAAGCGAGGAAAAUAAAUCUCCUAUUAAAAUGUGUGUUCCUGUACAUUAAGGUGCCACAUGUUUGCAACGGAACUUAAGAAUGGAACAGACUACUGAGAUAUACAAACUAAUAAGUGAAGCAUAUUCUGAAGUAAGAAUCCACAGCAAAGAGUGUUAUUUUCAACAUAGCUCUAACUAAAACAUAAAAAAGCCGCACUAAAGACCGCAACACUAUGCUAACUUUUAAGGUACUUUAUAACAAAACUAAUUAACGAAAGUGCGAAAAAAAACUCUCUCAAAACAAACAGAGUUUAUGAACACGCCCAUGUAUUUUCAACAGCAUGCUGAAAUUAAUUUAAUCUAUUUUAAUUAACUCAGGAAGAACUUCAAGUAAUGUUAAUGUACUUUUGGCCUGAUAUAAAUUCACAUUCACUUCUCCAUAAGCCGAAAGUUUGUGCUCGUUUUUUCGUGUUGUUCUGUGUCAUGUAUUGAUGGGCUUACUCUAUCUUGAAUGUUCCUACCGCGUGCAGUGUAUAUCAUACAUCUGAAUUAAUUGUAAUGAGAAACAGGGUGUAGCACCCAAUCCGGAAAAUCGAGAAAAGUUUAUGGUAAUUCAUGCAAACUUAAGUCAAAUACUAUUUCACAGUACACAACUGGUGAAUUGUCCGUAAAAUUUAAUUUUAUAUUUCUUGCGUCAGUAGUCUUUUUCAUAUAGCCACCAAUAUCAUUAUUUUCAAUAUUAUUGUUUGUAUUACUCCUCCCCAGUGCAGGCCUACAAUUGGUAACCAACCUCUACGUAACCGAUCAGACAUGGAGCUUAAUAAGUGAAGCAGAUCUCUCCAACUGUGAGUCGCUUCAAGCGACGGCUGCUGAUACACGGUUCAGUGAUGUGAUGGACUAUAUUAGCGCAUGAUGUCUAUAGAACUCCGUAAUGACACAGACUAUUGUUAUGUAAAUGAGGAACAACCAACUGCACAUAAAUGCAUUUGAAAUAAAUCUAUCGCCGGAAACACUUCUCCAUGUUUAGGACGUAAGGACUGAAAAAAACUACAGUUCAUCAUUCAAACAUGUGGAAAACUUCGUGAUACCAUAAGCAAGAUAUCAAAUAUUUUCAACAAUUGGAUGUACACACUGAUUAGUCGGCCAUACUGCCCUUCAUCUACAAAUAAAACAUUACUGAAAGUAACAAUUUGUUAUUUAU